UAAUAUUUUGGACGGACUGAGCCUAGGUUUGCCAGCAGCCAAAACAGACGCGUAGGAAGCAAAACGUUCUCAACGUUUACGUCCAGGAACUGAUGUUGCCCUGAAAAGAACCCUUACAACUUCUCCAGCGGACUGAACACAAGAAUUCAGGAUGUUGUCAAAGAAGGGGGAGCAGAGGUCCUUCAGCAACAGGCAGCUGAGAGACCAAUGGGAGAAGAGAGUCCAAACCAUAGAAGACAAGUGCAAAAAGGAAGAACUGAAGGAGAAAAGUUCCCUCAAACUGCUUUUCUCAAAGUGGAAUUAUCACUGGUCCCUGGGGGCCACUGGAGACACGACCAAAGACACAAGCUCCGAACAGGCAGAAAAACCCCAGCCAAAAAUCAAAUUCAAAAUUGUACCACCUCCUCCUCCCAAACCCAUAACUAAGCCUACUCCGGCACCUCCUCCCAAGAGGACACCAUCUCCCAAACCUCUUAACUUCAAGCGUAAAGUGGAAGUGGAUGUUUUCCGGUUAUGCUGGAAAGAAUCUUGGAUGAACGUGAAACCACCAAAGUAUCUUUUUCUCAAAGCCAAAGAGUCGAAAGCAAUCAUACAAGGAUUUACAACCAUAGAACUGGUCAACAACAAGGUGUCCAAACUUUUGGGAUAUGCACCACAGCCUGAAUGUACAUCCACUGGUGAUUGGAGUCAGUCAUGGAAGCAGGUGAAGGUUACAAGCCUGACAGAGCGGUCUGGAGAGAAACCAUGGGAUAUCAUUUACACUAGAAAUUUGAUCCCAAGUCCAGAAAUAGAAGUAUAUGCACUUCCUGUCUGGGCGGGCACCUGGAAAAUUAUGAACUUCGCCUUCAGACAACAGAAAGAAGAGUGGGAUCACGUCUGGGCUGAUUUCCAACAAAAAAGUCACAGCAUAUUGAGCGAGGCACACGAGCUGUUGGAACAGGUGGGGGAUGAGCCCUGCGGAUGGACAGACUCAUGGAGGCUCUCAAAACCCCCGGUUCCUACUGAAGAAUGUACGCUCGCGGAACUCACCGCUGAAAUGAUGAAGAUCCAUGAGGUGUUUCUGCCUGGGUGGGACCAGUCCUGGCUCAUCUCAGAAAUUCGUCUGCAGGAAAAGCAAGAGUAUGAAAAGAGCUGGGGAUGUUGGAGUUACAGGCAACAGAUCAGGUGGUGCAUGACUUCACUACAAAGCCAAACAAAACACAACGACAUGCUGACAAGGAGACGUGACAUUCUCAACUUUCUCCUCACGGCAAAACUGCAUCUUGCAAUUAAUGAUGCAGCUGAGUGGUCAGAUUGUUGGAAGACCCCGAAAAGAUGGACCCCACCUUACCAGGAGAUUCUGGAUGAGGGCUUGGGUGACGAAGAUGACGACAUGUUCAACGACACGGAGGAUGAGGACGGAGUGGACAGUGAAUGGUCAGAUGAUGAGGAAGAAGAGGAGAAAGAAACAGAGGAGAAAAUAGGCCAAAUGCAAGAAGAAGAGAUAGAGAGCAACAUACAUGGAGAGGAGGAUGUGGGAGUUGAUGGGGAAGAGGAAAGGGAUGGCAAUAGUGAGGAAGGUAGAGAAGAAAAGAUUGAAAAAGAUGAUUCUGAAGAUAAUGAGACGGAAGAAGGUGAAGAUGAUCCGGCCGAUGGGGAAGAGAUUGAUGAAGAGGAGGAGGAUAAUGAAGAGCUGGAAGUAGAAAAGGAGGCAGACGAUGAGGGAAAGGGGAAGAACAUUGACGUCUAUGGGGAACAUGAGGACAAUGGAAUGACUGAAGAGAAGCUUAAUGACAAAUACAACAAAGAGAAGGAUGAAGAGGAAGAACAGAGGAGCAAGAAAGCAUGUACGGAAGAAGAGGUAUCACUUGGGCAGGAAGAGAAUAUUGGAGUGGACACAGAUGAAGAAGUGGUUAAAAAGCCUACAAGUUAUGGAGUGGAGGAGGAGGAGGAGGAAGAUGAGUUGGACGUUGACGAUAAAGAGAACAUGGAGGAGAGUCAAACGGAAGAACGAAUUCAGCCUGAGGUACUCCGAAAAGACCAAGAGGCACAUCUUUCCAGGGUAACGAGACAAGAGAGGGAUGGAGAAGAGGAGGAUGACACUGAAGAGGAAGAUGGAGGAUGGGAGGAUGAUACUGAAGAGGAAGAUGAAGGAGGGGAGGAUGACACUAAAGAGGAAGAUGGAGGAGAGGAGGAUGACACUAAAGAGGAAGAUGGAGGAAAGGAGGAUGACACUGAAGAGGAAGAUGGAGGAUGGGAGGAUGAUACUGAAGAGGAAGAUGAAGGAGGGGAGGAUGACACUAAAGAGGAAGAUGGAGGAGAGGGGGACAAAGGGCACGAGGUUGAAAAGGAUGAGAGGAAAGAAACUGAGGAAGACGAAGUCCAGGAGGAGGGAGAGGAAAACGAAGAGGAAGUUGGAGGUGAUGAAGAAGACCAGGUCUCUGAAGAAAAACACCAGAGUGACAACAUAGAGAAAGAAAAUGACGAGAAAGAGGACGAAGAAUGGCAUGAUUGUGUCAGCAAACACACGGAGGAGGACACAGCAGAUUUGGGAGUCGUGGAGUCUAAUGCUGAUGAUGAGGAAGAAGAGGAAGAAGGAAAGGAGGAGGAUGAUGCCGAUGAUGAGAGUGACGACGCUGAUGAUGAAGAUGAUGAUGAAAAGGAAAUAUGCCCCAAAACAGAAGAAGACGACAAAGAAAGCAACGAAGAGGACGGACAAGAGGAGGAAGAUGACGAAGAACAUCAAGCUGCAGAGAUGAUGAACGCAAACCACCAAGAAGAACAUGAGAUGGACAUGUUAAAUACUUCAAAUACGUUUGGUACAUUAAACAUCAAUACUUCAAAGACAUUAAACAUCGAUACUUCAGAGCCAUUAAACAUCGAUACUUCAGAGACAUUAAACAUCGAUACUUCAGACACAUUAAACAUCGAUAAUUCAGACAUUUCAAACAUCGAUACUUCAGACAUAUUGAACAUCGAUACUUUGGACACAUUAAACAUCGAUACUUUAGGUACGUUAGACGGAGAAAGGAAAAAGCAGAAGAGAAACGAGUCCUCAAAAGCCAUCAAACGCAGACCGCAGGUGCCGCUGCAUUUGCAGUUCCACAAAGCCAACGCCUCCUUCUCCUCCUGGAAGAAGUCGUGGAUCGUGGCAAUGGCUCACCGAGUAGGGGAUGAAGAUGAGGAGGAGGAAAACCUGACGGUGGAGCAAGAGGCGGUGCGAGCUUGGAGAGAAUCAUGGAGGAUCUGCCGCCUGGAGAAGGCAGACGAGGACGAGGUGUUGUGUUUCUCUAGCAGACAUCGGAGUGUGAGACACAACACAUUGUUUCUUCAGGAAGACGGCUUGCCGAAGGAGGAAUGGACUCUUAGUUGGAAGACAACCAAGAAGAGUAAUGACACUAAACAAGAAGAUGAAAAUGGUUCAUGAUCAGGGGUCUCAAACUCAAUGUACCUGGGGGCUACUGGACGCAGAGGCUGGGUUGCAAGAAAAGAUUUCUUAAAAAUUUUUUUUGCCUACUCCUCAGCAUGUCUAGUUGUAUAAUGAUGUUUCAAAGUGUCUCCCUGUCAGGUUCAAACACUGAUGACAUUUAAUAAUCAGACAAGAAGCAAGGAAUCAUGCAGAGACAGAGUUCAAUUUAGCUCAUGAGGAGACACGUGGUUUGGCUUUACUCUAGUUACAGAUCCAAACUACGUUGUAAAAAAAUCAAGCCCGCGAGCCGCCUCUAUUUAUUAGGAAAGGUCCUAUCUCCGCUACAAUCGGGUGGAAGGCGGGGUAAACACACACACACACAUGAAACCCCUCAUAUAUAUAUAUAUAUAUAUAUAUAUAUAUAUAUAUAUAUAUAUAUAUAUAUAUAUAUAUAUAUAUAUAUAUAUA